UUUGAGUGUUCUAGCAGUGAUGGCGGUUCAAGACUUGUCCGAAAUCUAUCGCGAUUUGGAUAAAGCGGGCAAGACGCGGUAUGCCGAGAAGCUGGCGUUUGUCAGGUGUUAGGAGCAGUAAGCAGUCUUCUUGUAGUUUUGAGUGUUCUAGCAGUGAUGGCGGUUCAAGAGUUGUCCGAAAUCUAUCGCGAUUUGGAUAGAGCGGGCAAGACGCGGUAUGCCGAGAAGCUGGCGUUCAUCGGCUCGGACCAGGACCCCUACGUGACGAGCAGAUCUCUCACGCCUGGUGCCACACCUGAUUUCCCCAGCGUGGAGUAUCCUGAUUUGUACCACUAUCUCGUGAACGCGCCGAGUCCCUGCACGAAAGAGGAGAUGAAGGCGUACAAAAGCUUGGAGGGGUACCAGUUUUUCGUUGCUGGUUGGGUUGGCAAUGUCGUCACCUUUCCUGCAACUGCGGAUGGCAAGAGAGCAUUUGUGAUGGCGAAGGUCCGUCACUCCCAGUCCGUGUCCUCUGCUGAGCUGCAGCCUUGGGUGGCAGCUGACAUGGAUGGGAGUGUGCUUUGUGCCCACUGUACGUGUAUGGCUGGCCUGGGUGAGGCAUGCUCCCACAUUGCCGCCUUGCUAUUUACUCUGGUGGCCAGGACGGAUUUCGUGAAAGAAAAUUCCGCCUGCACCUCCACGCAAUGUCAGUGGAUUGCCCCAUCCCUGCAGCCUGUGCAGUAUGCCAGGAUAUGCGAGAUGGAUUUCGCCGCGCCGAGCAGCAAGCGCACUAAGCCAGCAGCAGCCAGUGUGGAGGUCACCACACAACUGCCGACAUACACUGUGCCAACCACCAGUGAAGUCAACGAGUUCUUUUCUGGUCUUGCCUCCACGCAGAGCAAGCCAGGGAUACUAUCAAUUGUUCCUGGUUUCUGCGAGAGGUAUGUCCCAACCCGCCCAGCUGGGUUCCCAGCUUAUAUCACCGACCUCUAUGAUGAGGCAAUGCUAGACGCAUCACUCGAUGUGUUGCUGAACCGGUGUGAUGAUGUUUUGAAGGGCAUGGGAGUGACAGCAGCAGAAUCGGCUGCUGUUGAAAAGGCAACCCGCGAUCAGAGCAAGAGCAAGCUGUGGUUCAGGUUCCGCGCAGGGCGUGUGACAGCUUCAAAGUUCCGUGAUGCUGCUCACACACCCCCUGCGAACCCAUCAUCAUCUCUAAUUCGUGCAAUUUGCUACCCCGAUGCAUAUCAGUUUUCCUCUGCAGCGACCACUUGGGGUUUGGAGCAUGAGCAGACUGCCCGAGACUGCUACGUCAAACUGUUUGAGCCUAACCACUGCGACUUCAAAGUUACUGAUUCAGGAUUCGUCAUCUCCACCACUCAUCCGUAUCUCGGUGCCAGUCCUGAUGGAAACAUCAAUUGUACUUGCUGCGGAUAUGGCGUCCUUGAGGUGAAAUGCCCUUUCAAAGCCGUGAACAAGUCCUUCCAUGAUCUGGCAAAGGACACCAACUUCUGUUUGAAGGAGGUCGAUGGAAAAUUCCAUUUGCGCCUUGGUCACAAGUAUGCAUACCAAGUGCAAGCACAGAUGUUUGUAUGCAAGGCAGCAUAUUCGGAUUUUGUGGUGUGGAGCGUGCGGGAAUGUGUAGUCAUCCGCGUUCAUCCAGAUCCAGAUUUCCACAAGACAGUCCAAGCCAUCACGUCUUUCUACAAGGCUGGCGUGCUGCCAGAGAUUGUCGGCAAGUAUUUUACAAAAUCCUUCAAAUCUACUGCCGCCAAUUCUGAUGGAGCUGUAUGCACUUGCAACGAGGAUAAGGACGGCGACGUGGUGGAAUGCUCACAUCCAGACUGCAGAGUUAAGACGUUUCACUUGGUAUGUCUUCGCAUGAAGCAGAAACCAAAACGCAAGUGGAUAUGUGCAGCAUGCAAGAAGAAGGAAUAACUGUGUGUACGGGUGUGUGUGUGUGUGUGUGUGUGUGUGUGUGUGUGUGUGUGUGUGUGUGUGUGUGUGUGUGUGUGUGCAACGCCAUGCUAGAUUCUGUUGACUCUCGCUCUUUCUUUCCUCUCUUCUCUCUUUUAGUUGUUGUCUCCCGCUUAUGAUAGCGGCAUGGCCCGAUAGGGCAGCUGUACAUAGCAGUAGUAGUAGUGUAUGUGUGUGUGUGUGUGUGUGUGUGUGUGUGCAUACAUGCAUGUAUCCUGAUGCAAUUAUGUAACUAGGAGCUAUGCCCAACCCACCAAAACUCUCACUUCUCACACAAA